AUGGAAUCAUCUCCUUCAGAACAAAUGUUAUAUAAUAAAACAACAAAGCGAUUUACUCAGGCAGGACAUUUUUAUAUUAAUUCUUAUUUCAUCGAAACUCGAUAUCCAACUAAUAAUCAGUUUGCUGCAAUUGAAAAACAUACAGGAUGUCCUGUUUCUACAUUGAGAAGAAAAUUUUGUAGAAUGCGUAAACAAUUUCCUUUGUUAACUUAUGUACCUUUAAGAAUAAUCAAUACUAUAAAUUUUCUUAAUUCUAUUACUAUGGAAGAAGCUAUUGCAUUAAAAACUCAAAUUCUGGAUGCUAAUACAUAUGAAUUUCUUAUUAAUCCAAAACAUGUUAAUGAGAAAAUAACUAUAAAUGAAAUCUCUUCUUUUACAAGUAAUAAAAUACAUGAUGGUAAAUAUUUAAAAGAUUUUAUGUCUUGUUUAAUCAAAUCAGAUAAUUUCAAUCAUUCUUCUAAACACGAUUCAUUUAUUAAUAUUACUCCUGCUUGUACUACUUGGUCAUCUAUAAAAGAAUCUGCAAAGAAUUUUUGUACAUCACAUUCAAUUAAUAAACUUCGUAUACCUAUUCAUUACAUUUGUCUUCGUGCUCGCUUGCCUAUACUUCCAUCAACAUUAUUGGAAGGAAAUGUUCGAAUUUCACGAUUAUGUUCAACAAAUGGUUGUAUACGUGAGGAACAUAUAGUGAUGGAAAAUACUUCGAUUAGUACCGGUCGAGAACAUUGUGGUGGAAUAAUUGUAGUUCUACGACCAUAUGGUCCAACAGCAUCAAAACGUAUACUGAAGAUACAGCCAUGUGAACAUGGUGUUCAACAUGUUGAUGGAGAUUCUCUUAACUUUAGUUGUAGAAAGAUGCAAGUGUCGAUUCUAGAUGAAAUCGCUAUUGCGUAUUUGGAUAGUCUUUAUAAAACAUGUUCUUCUUAA